UAUGAGUGCGACCUCCCGCGGACGGGAGAACAUAGUUGGCGGCUACUGGAGAGCUUGGAAGCUAUGGAUUUACGCGUACUUUCCAACGCUAGCCCCAGAGUUCGAGGUGGAGGUGCCUCUUACGAUCCCUUACUCUCACGUAUUUGAGGAUCGAUGUCAGACGAGGGCUCGAGAGACUCUGCCCUUCUUGCGACAGUUUUUUGACACGGUGCAGGCAACCGAGGUACUUCAAAACUCUCAGUUCUUUAUAUUUUCAUCUUUGAUUCAUCUUGCAUAUUUAUGACAUCUGAUUGGCUCAUGCACUUGUUAUCCUCAAAUCGCUUGGCGGCCCUGGGCACCCUUGUGAGGAGAUAUCUGUUUCUAGUUCCCGAGGGCAUGGGCUUCUUCUCAGUAUAGGACUUUGUUUGAGGGGCCAGUUGGCAGGGCCUAGUUUCUGGGAGAUCGCUUCAUGCGCCAGACGAUGGGCGUCCCUGAGCAGAGUGUCCCUUCAGCACCACCAGAUGACAUGCGGUCCGCUGAGAGACUCACUUCCGAGGAGGUCGAUGUCGCUAUGUUGGGUACCGAUGCAGCUCUGCACACGAAGGAGGGGGAGUAUGUGACUUACCGCCACACGUACUUGAUGCCCCCACUGAUGGGUGUCCGUACUCCUACUAGGAGGGCUGCUGGUGCAUCAUCAUCAGCUCGAGCCCGGGCUACAGACGUUCCUUCGUCUAAUAGGGCCGACACAUCGAGGAGUGGGGCUAGACAGAUUCCCCCGAUUCCCCCGACUUAUCAGCACGCCGAGUGGCCAGAUCUUCCGACCGAGUUGACUGGAUGGCGAUACAAGUCACCUUACCCGAUUCCAAUAGAGCCUCCUAUGCCCGAUCACCGAUAUGUUAGUGAUCCUGACUCACCACCGCCUCCUAGGGAGUAUUCUGAUGAUCUGCUCGGAUUGGUGGCCUCACUUGAGGGCAUGGUCUUGCGGAGGGAGACACAGCUAUUCAUCGCUGGUGUUACGAUGCCACCACUACAGGCCAGGCCAUCCAGGCCUUCUCGACGAGUUGGGAGAAGGGACUCGUCUCGCAGACGAGGCAGGCGCAGAGCACCCGUCAUAGAUGACGAGGAGUCCAAUGAGGAGGAGUCUGUGCAUCCUUAGUCAAAGACGUCUGCAGACAGAGAGGAGGACUCCGGCUCUGGUUCUGAGAGUGGAGGUGAUGUCAGGGAGGAUCCAGAGGAUGACAGCUCCGAUUCAGAUGAUGGUGCUGGUGGAGGUAUUGCCAAGACUGCUCAGGCGAAGAGGAUGAAGAGGGCCUCCCGAUCUUGAGUCCGAGAGCACUGAUGCAGAUGUUCCUGCUUUAUUUGCCUUUUUUACUAGUAGUUGUAGCACAUUGUACAUUAUU